AAAAAAUUCCAGGAGCAACUAGAAUAAUAUCUAAUUUUUUUCCUUUAAUUUACAUUACUUUACUUUACUUCCUUGAUUUUAUUAAAAAAAUAAAAAUCCAAACCAGAAGAGGGCUAUAUCGACAAAAGUCGAUGUUGACCAAACUCGACUUUUCCUUCUCCUUCCCACACACACAUCAUCAUCCUACGUAAAAUCGAGACAUAUUGCAUGCCAUUGCAUACCAUUUGUUUAGAAAGAAAAAAAAAUGAAAAAGCGUAAAUAAAAUACAGUGAUUUUAUUUUAUAACACAGCAUAAAUAAACAUAUUCAGUAAAAAUGUCGAGACAUAGAGACGUUCGUUGUAUGAAUUAUUCGGAUGAAUAUGAUGGUUACGAUGAUGUUUACGGACAUUCUGUGGAAGACGAUUACUGCGUGUCUCCUGGUGCUGAACAGUUUAUGUAUGACAGAAAUAAGCAGGCCAACAUUUCAUCUUUCAUAACCGAGCCGAAUAUUGCAGAAGGCAAUGAAGAGGAACAUGAAGAUCAACUGGCUAGUUAUAAAACUCCAACUCUUAGCGAAUUAGACACUGCAAAAUUAAUGUCCUGUAUCGACUCAAUUAGAACCGUUAUUGGUGACACGGUAGCAGAAUCUGAACUGAAGAAACGAAUUAUAGAGUUUGACUACAAUACGGAAGCGGUUUUAGAUGCUAUUCUAAAUUCUACCUCAUCUAAGAAAACCGAAGAACAAACACCGAAUAAACGUCCCUUGGAUUUUUCGUUAGGUAACAAGUCGACACCAAAAUCAGCUUCGCAAUUAGCGAAACCAGCAAUAAAAAUCGUUCCAGCAGCUGCUCGUUCAAUCGUUAAGGGUUUUGAUUUGAGUGGCACGGAAAAUACAGAACUCCUUCAUUCUCGAAUAUCAAGUCCACGUUCGCAAAGUCCAAGCUCGGAGCGAAAUUCGCCUGAUAUUAGGAGGAGGGAUGAUUCGAGUUUCAAGGAGAAAAAAUCUGGAUUUUCAAAAUCAGGUACACCCAGAUGUCAGUCUCCAAUUUCUGGCACAGCAUCACCUGAACCGGAUUCAAGAAAUAAGAUUGCUGAAGAGAAAGACGCUUUUGCUAUCUACAGGAAGAAACGAGGAGAUUCCAAGGAACAAUUGCAUUUGGUUGUCGUGGGACACGUCGAUGCUGGGAAAAGUACUUUACUAGGAAGACUUCUCUGUGAUUUGGGACAGGUUUCGUCCAAAUUGAUUCACAAGUAUCAACAGGAGAGUAAAAAAAUUGGCAAACAAUCCUUUGCUUAUGCUUGGGUUCUCGAUGAAACUGGCGAAGAGAGAGAACGAGGAAUCACAAUGGACGUGGGUCACUCAAAAUUUGAAACCAGUACAAAAUGUAUAACUUUGCUUGAUGCACCAGGUCAUAAGGAUUUUAUACCAAAUAUGAUAACUGGCGCCACUCAAGCUGAUGUUGCCCUUUUGGUUGUGGAUGCAACUAGAGGAGAAUUUGAAACUGGAUUUGAUAGUGGCGGCCAAACUCGAGAACACGCUAUUCUUUUACGAUCUUUAGGCGUUUCUCAGUUGGCAGUGGUUGUUAACAAACUUGAUACGGUUGAAUGGUCAAAGGAAAGAUUCAACGAAAUUGUUAAUAAAAUGAGCAUUUUUUUGAAACAAGUAGGAUUCAGGGAUGCUGUCACUUUUGUCCCAGCCAGUGGUUUAUCUGGUGAAAACAUUGUUUCAAAGCCAAAAGAAGUUCUUGCAAGUUGGUACAAUGGGCCAACUUUAGUUGGUGUUAUCGAUAACUUCAAAUGUCCAGAGCGACCAAUCGAUAAACCUCUUCGCUUUUCCGUUAAUGAUAUCUUCAAAGGCACAAGUUCCGGAUUCUGCAUUUCGGGACAUGUUGAAACUGGUUUGCUUUCCAUAGGCGAUAAAGUUGUCAUCUUACCGCAAAACGAAUCAGCCCAAGUGAAAGGAAUUCAAAUUGAUGAAUCUCCUACGACACAUGCCUUCGCCGGAGAUCAGCCAACUUUGAUUUUAUCGGGAGUGGAACAACAAAAUAUUGCCAUUGGCGAUAUUGUUAGCAGUGUACAUCAUCCAAUACCAGUAACGUCCUGUUUUCAAGCACAUAUUGUUAUUUUUACGAUAACAAAUCCGAUCACAAAGGGAAUGCCCGUUGUAAUGCAUCUGCAAUCGUUGAUUGAACCGGCAGUGAUGACGAAAUUAAUCGCGCAAUUAAAUAAAAGUACGGGCGAAAUAGUGAAGAAGAAACCUCGUUGCUUACCGAAAAAUUCGAGUGCAAUCGUCGAAAUCGUAACACAGAGACCAAUUUGCAUGGAAUUGUACAGAGAUAUUAAACAACUUGGCCGAGUUAUGUUGAGAGUGCAGGGCACUACGGUCGCAGCCGGUCUUGUUACUAAGAUCAAAUGAAUCACUAAACGGUUAACAAGUCUUUAAUAGUGUUUAUGUGAAAAGCCUUAGGCAAAAGAAUUAAAUUUUUCAUCUGUACAUUUUUCAAAAUGAAUUUUUUAAAUUAUACAAUUAAAAAAAAAACACUCGAGAAUGAUCAACAAACAUAAAUGUGUAUAAUGUGGUCUUUUUAACGGUCCCGUUUUUCUUACUUGUUGAUCCUGUCUUUAAUGCAUAAUAUGACAGGUAACAUUUAUAAUUUGUGAUACUUUAAAUGUAAAGAUUAACAUAUCUAAUAAAGUUGUACAUCGUUAUUAUGCAACUUA